AUGGCGGCUCAACCACAUCCCCUGAACACCGAAUCAGAUCGGUUGCUCUUCGCCUACUGGGUGCCGAACGUCUCGGGAGGUCUCAUCAUCAGCAAGAUCCCACAGAAGACGAACUGGGACCUCGCAAGCAACGUCAAGUAUGCAAAAGCAGCAGAGAAGGCCGGCAUCGAGUACGGCCUGACCCAGAUCCGGUUCACGUCCGGGUACGGCGCCGCCAACCAGCACGAGUCCGUGUCCUUCUCCCAGGCGAUCCUCCAGGCCACCGACACCAUCAAGGUCAUCGCCGCCAUCCUCCCGGGGCCGUGGAACCCGACGACGGUCGCCAAGCAGAUCGCCAGCAUCGACCACUACAGCAAUGGCCGCAUCGCCGUCAACAUCGUCAGCGGCUGGUUCAAGGGAGAGUUCACCGCCAUCGGCGAGUGGUGGCUCGAGCACGCUGAGCGCUACCGCCGCAGCAACGAGUUCAUCCGCUGUCUCAAGGGCAUCUGGACGGCCCCCGACGACGUCGGCUUCACGUUCGGCGGCGACUUCUACCGCUACCGGAACUACGUUCUCAACCCCAAGCCUGUCCAGAAGCCGCACCCGGAGAUCUUCCAGGGCGGCAACAGCGACGACGCGCGCAACAACGGCGCCGAGGUCAGCGACUGGUACUUCAUGAACGGCAACGACCUCGACGGGUUCCGCGCCCAGAUCGAGGACGUCCGGGCGCGUGCGGCCAAGGUCGGGCGCGAGGGCGAGGUCCGCUUCGCCGUCAACGGUUUCGUCAUCGUCCGCGAGACCGAGGAGGAGGCCGUCCGCGUGCUGCAGGAGAUCCAGGGCAAGGCCGAUGCAGAGGCCGUCAACGCGUUCCGCGACUCGGUUCAACAGGCGGGCGCCAGCACGGCCAACAAGAAGGGCAUGUGGGCCGACAGCAAGUUCGACGACCUGGUCCAGUACAACGACGGGUUCAAGACCAAACUCAUCGGGACCAAGGAACAAGUUGCCGAGCGUCUGGUGCUGCUCAAGAGCCUUGGCGUCCACCUCGUGCUGACGGCCUUUCUGCACUAUGAUGAGGAGAUUGAACUGUUCGGAAGGGAUGUCCUGCCGCUGGUUCGGCAGUAUGAGAAGGAGGGCCGAGGAAAAGAUGCCAACUUUGAGAUCGCGAGAACGGGGGAUGUUUACAGGAAGAAGUAG